UCCCUUUUCUAUGCAACUACUAAAGAUACAGGAGCCCUGUCCUCCUUUUCAUAUGGUCACCUUACCUUAGCAGAAGGAAAUUCCACUGAAAUCGCUUGGUUAGGAGUGGCCUGCAUAUGUGUCACAGACCCCCAAAGCUUGUGAUAUUCUUGGUGAUCUGAACUGAGCAAAUUGGCAGCUUGUGGAAAUUUCACUGAGGAAUUACAUGCAUACAGACAAAUAUCCCUGAGUGGGUAAGGACUCCUCAGAACUGCCUUGGGGAAUUGGAUUUUACGCUGAAGUUCUUAUGUCUCUGAGUAGCCAUGGCAUAUGCAUAUUUUAUGAACGGAUUUACUUUUGGACGACUCCUAAUUUUAAACGACUACUUUAUCCCUUAUCUGGGUGAGAAAGAUGCUUGUAGAGCUCUUCCAUAGAAUGUCCCUUGCAGUGCAUAAGUGGACUGCACCUAUAUGUCUAAGAGCAGUUCUCCCUGCUAAUCUGAGCAUGUUAAGUGAGUGAUUCAUUAUUUCCUAUAUUAUUAAAAAACAAAGGUACCCAUGUUGAGUACAACCCAAAUUCCAAAAUCCAUAUCAGUGUAAUACCUUUAUUACACCAACCAAAGGAUCACCCCCCAAAAUGUGCAAGCUUUUGGGAGCUACAGAUCUCGUCAUCAGCUUGAGUACUGUAUUUCUUCAAUUCUAAGACGCACACUAAUUUCAGUACCACCAACAGGAAAAAAAGCUUUGAUUCUAACAAAUAAUAAACGCAUCCGCGAUUCUAAGACGUACCCUGUUUUUAGAGAUGUUUAUAUGGGGAAAAAGUGUGUCUUAGAAUCGAAGAAAUAUGGUAGCUUUUUGUAAUGGCUUGCCUAGUAAAGCUAUUAUGCUAAUAUGGAUUUUGGUAUAUUACUAAAGCAAGGGUUGAGAAUGCAGAUGCAGUGGGCCCUCAAAUGCUGGGGAGGACUGAAGAGAGGAUGAAGUAGAGACCCUUACACAAAAAUGUUGGGGGACUGAAAUACUACCUGCCUCUCCUAAUCUGCCUCUAAAUGAUGGUAGCUGAGGUCUGCGCAACAGCUCUCAUGUUGCUAAGGAACAUUGGCAGCAGAGAGCAAUGUGCAUGCACUGCCCUCAACCAGAUGGGGCUGGGAGAAAACUAGUUCCUUCCCUUCAUCCUGAGCCUGAAAAGGUCAGAAGGCAGGGUAGUCCUCUUCAGAGUUUAUAGAUCUGCAGGAGAUGUGGUAAUCUGGCCUCAUCUGACCCUACCCGGCGCCUGUUUACACUUCCCUGUGCCUGUUUGCAUUCUCCUUCCCUCUUUAUUGUUUACUACAACUUAUUAGAUUGUAAGCCUAUGCGGCAGGGUCUUGCUAUUUACUGUGUUAUCUGUACAGCACCAUGUACAUUGAUGGUGCUAUAUAAAUAAAUAAUAAUAAUAAUGCUUCACCUGUAAAAUCUAGCGCAAUGCACACACACUGUUAAACCUGUCAUGAUGCUGUGCUUUUUUAAAAAUAAUCUUUUCUCAAGAUUCGUUGUCCCAUAUUUAUUUAUUAUUUAUUGCACUUAUAUCCUGCCUUUUUUCCUCCAAGGAAGAAGUGGUCUUUGCGUGGUAUUACAAUGUAUACAAAAGGCAUAAAGGGAAAGGGGACAACAACUGAGUUUAAACUGGGGACACAUCCUUGCUCUGUGUUGCAGGUUCAAUGAUGUUUACCUUGUGGUUGUACCUGAAUCACUAGAUUCUUUUCUUUGUCGAAACUGCUUUUUGUAGGGAAGGCAAAACCAUGGAGGCCCCUCCUGUCACUAUGAUGCCAGUCACUGGUGGUACUAUUAACAUGAUGGAAUAUUUACUUCAAGGUAGUGUUCUGGACCAGAGCCUGGAGAGCCUCCUUCAUCGACUCCGUGGCCUAUGUGACAACAUGGAACCCGAGACCUUUCUGGACCAUGAGAUGGUGUUCCUCCUGAAGGGACAGCAGGCCAGCCCAUUUGUCCUUCGCACACGACGCUCCAUAGACAAACCUGGUGCUCCUUGGCACUUGCGGUAUCUCGGGCAGCCUGAAAUGGGAGACAAAAACCGCCAUGCUUUGGUACGGAACUGUGUUGAUAUUGCUACCUCCGAGAACCUGACGGACUUCCUGGUGGAGAUGGGCUUCCGCAUGGACCAUGAGUUUGUUGCCAAGGGGCACGUAUUUCGCAAGGGCAUUAUGAAGAUUGUGGUGUACAAGAUCUUCCGCAUCCUGAUGCCAGGAAAUACCGAUAACAUUGAGCCCUUGUCUCUCUCCUACCUUGUGGAGCUCAGCAUUGUAGCACCAGCAGGGCAGGACAUGGUAUCUGAUGACAUGAGGAGUUUUGCUGAGCAGCUAAAGCCUUUAGUUCACUUAGAGAAAAUUGAUCCUAAAAGGCUGAUGUGAGUGAGAUGGCCUGCAGCUGAAGCUGGAUUCUUUCUGGAACAGAGAUAAAGGAUUUCAGAAACUUUGAACAAUGCAGAUAGAUAGAUUUAUCUGGGUUGUACCUCCUUUAAGAAAACAAAAUUAGGACAACUUGGUUGUCUUGUAAUAAUUCACAGAUGGAGUAUUUUCUAGUGAUUCGUAAUAAACAGCGUGACUAUUCCUAUUGACAUCAUUUUACUGGAUUCUGCUGGUAGAGCAUCUAGCUCUUGAGAAGUGUAUUUAAAUUUUUCCUCAGGCAAGUUUAAUCUUAACUACUCUGGACUCUUUUCUUCUCCCUGUCUUCAGAAUCACACAGUUGUGUGGCUCGUGUAACUUGAAAUAUUUCCUGCUGAUCCAUUUUUUAGAAUGUUUGUUUUGUAUACUGAAGCACAUUAUGCUUGCAUUUACUAGAAAGGUUCAUUUGAGUUUACUUUGUGUCCUGAUAGUCUUUUGUUCAGAAGAGAAUAAUAGAAGGGUAGAAGCAUCAAAUAUCCCAAAGGUGGGGAAUUUUCAGCAAUCCUAUGUAGUUAUUCUUUUUUUCUUUUUACAAGAAUCACUGAGCUCCACCAAUGUGUGCUAAUUUUACAAAGCAAGAGUACAUACUUAGGAUCAAUACGCAGUUAAGGCAUAACUAAUCCGUGUUAAGUAAUCUUGAAUAGAAAAUCUUGCUUAAUUUUAUUUAUUUAAUUAAUUUAAAACAUUUGUAUCCUGCCCUAUAUCACUAGGAUCUCAGGGUGGUGUACAGAUAAAAUCAUACAACAUAAAACAAUAAAUGUACACAGCUAAAAACAAAUUAAACCAUAAGCAAGAAGUGUGUUAUUGGAUCAGAUUGAAGUCCACUGAAGAAUCCAGGCCUGGUGUCAGCAGACAAGAUACAACCAAAAGGUGCACAAGGCACACAACUACUAUAGUAUAGGAAAAUACAAUCAAAGAAGGGGUGAACAGUUAUAACAAAGCAACGUUUUAUAACAGGAACAAAAAUACGCCGAUAUAAUGACACAAGCAAUCAUUGGUCAUUGAUGAUUGUAAGAAAUAAUAGAAAAAGUUAACCCAUUGUCUUAAUUCAGGCAGGGGAGGUGGAGUGGAUCAGCAUGGCACCUGGCCAGUAAGGCACAGGGUGGCAUGGGAGAACAGGAACAGGUAGCAGGUUCUCCCCAGGUUUCAAUCCAAUGAGAAUGACGGAAGUUCUCACGCUUUCUCCUUACUGUACAUUGUUUCAAGAUGAGUAGUGAUGUCCCGUCUUAAGGUGUUGUCAUUGGAAUGCAAGUGUUGGUCCAGAGGCACUUUAAUGACAGAUGACUCUUGGAGAAGCCCUGCUUCUCCAAGGUGAGCUUGCACUCCAGCGUGGCUAGUCGUGUGCUUAAUUAUUUCAUAGGAACAGAAUGUAACUUUGCCUGCAGCAUCCUUUGUACCACACAGAAGGAUUACACUGCUGUUUUCUUGUUAUGUCAUUGGCGUAAGACUCAUCCCUCUCUUUCAGUGUGGACUGUCAUCGUUUCAUGAAACUCCUUCCAUUGUGUUGACACUCAUCAUAAAACACUCGUGUAAUUAUAGCUAAGUGGGUGGUGAGUGGUUAAUGAAAUUUGUUGUGCCAAAAAUAAAUAAAUAAACCCUACCCUUUUUCUAACUGUU